CGGGGCCGGGCCAGAGGCGGAAGCGGGUGCGGCGACCCGGAAGUGGACGCGGCCGUCCGGAAGUGUGCACCGGGUCCGCGGCCGCCCGGCUCCCCCUCCCGGAGCGCCCGGCAUGUGGUGGCCCGGGGGUGAGGGAGGGUCCUGGGGGCGGCCCCGCGGUGCCGAGCUACCGCCGUCGAGGCCCUUCACGGACACGUUUUGUUUAUGUCGAGGGAGCCGAAGGCGCUGGGCCUCGCGGCGGCCCCGGGGAGCCACGACCCCCCCCCCGCCAGCGAUGGUUCCCCACGGACAGGUACCGGAGGGGCCGGUCCGAUCCCGGCCGGUGGUCGUCGCGGUGCUGCGCGGGCGGCACGGUGCAGCCCUGGACCCAGCGCUGUGUCCGUGGUGCUGGCGCAGCCGCUGCUGCCGCUCUGGUUCCUGAGCCAUCACUAACGUCUGCCUCUUCGGUGCCGGCGUCUCUGCUGCUCCGGCUGUGCUGAAAGGCAGAAGCCCCGCGGAGACGGUUGGAGGUGGAGGGGUGCAGUGGUGCCGUGGCGGCGCGAGGUGCAGCUUUGCGGAGCGUGGAGGAGGACAGGACGGGCAGCGCGGUGGAGUGGCCCUGGAGCGGGAGGGAUUGCGGUGCCUGACCCCGGACGAAUGUGAACUGACCGAGAGAUUCGCCCCUCUCUUCUGUAAUGGCUCGGCUCCCGGUCGCUUAGUUAACCAGCACUUGGACCGUUCGGCUCGGUCAUCUGUUUUACGAACUGCGCAGCUGCUUCGGCAGCACAGAGUUCAGUUUUGCGCUUGUGACAGAACAUGGGGAAGGAGUGGUCAGAGGCCAUUGCUUCCCGCGAGGCCUCGGGUCCUGCCGUCCUGGGUGGCAGGGCGCGUGGCGGGAGCCGUCUCUUCCCAGCGUGGUUUAGGGUUGAACCUUUGUGGAGGAAACCGUUUCCCUGUCGAAGUGAGACGUUCCCUGCUCUGCUGUGAGCUAACCCCGAGGAGAAGGAGUGAGCGAGGGCAGGUCCGAUUUGCCACCGAGGUUUUUGACUUCCCUUCAGAGAGCCACUGCUAGGGGCUUCCUGAUGCAGCCCGGGCUGAGGAGCUCGUUGCGUCGGCAGCGACAAGCGUUGGCUUCCAGACAGGCUGUCUGUGGCCCUGCGGCACUUAAACUUCAGCGGAAAGUCCAAGCUUUGGCCUCUCUGUUUUUCCUUGGAGAGAAGAGCAGCGGAGACUUGGGUGGUAAGGAUGUGUGAUUAAUUAUAAAGCCCUUCUACAAAGUGACUGCCACAGUGUUCACUGCCACCUCCUUUGCAAAGACUGCUGUCUUCCCAAGCUAAGGGAGUUUGGGUGGUCCUGGCUCUCCGGACAUCGGUGCCGAACUGAAGGAGACAGGACGGGGCAGCGCAAAGCUGGCGCAGGAGCUCGCAGGCUGAGUGACGCCGAUGCCGUGGCAGCAGAGGGUUCGGCCGUUGCCCGUGGGGCUCCACGGCCCAGAGGCUGAGGACAUCAAGGUGUGUCCCCGCUGCGGUGCCUUCAUCAUGAAGAUCAACGACGGGAGCUGCAACCGCGUGAGCUGCACGGUCUGCGGCUGCCUCUUGUGCUGGCUCUGCCUGCGGGAGAUCUCCGACGUGCGCUUCCUGAGCCCCUCCGGCUGCACCUUCUGGGGGAAGCGGCCCUGGUCUCGGAGCCGGAAGAUCCCGUGGCAGCUGGGCCUGGUGCUGGGGGCGCCCAUGGCGGUCUCCCUCGCGGCAGGCGUUGCCGUCCCUGUCAUCGCCAUCGGGAUCCCCGUCUACAUGCGUAGGAAGGUGCUCGGCCGGAGCGGGAAGAGCAGCGUGUCGGGGUGCCAGUCUGUCACCAGCAGCGUCCUCCUGUCUCUCUUUGUGUCCCCCAUCAUCACGGUUGCGGUCGCAGCCGGUGCCAUGGGGCAGGAGCAGGCCAGCGCGGCGGCCCUCGCGGGGAACGUGCUACGCGAGGGCCAGGACGCGGCCCGCCGGGAAGGUGUCGACAUCGAGGUGGAGGUGGAGAUCGAGCCCGGCCGCGAGCAGAGCCGGUGCAGCGCCCCGUCGGGGCAGAGCCUUGCCGGGGGCUCCCCGGGCGGCCCAGCCGAGCGAGGGCACCGUGGCCGAGGCCCCGGCAGCACCGAGCGGGAGCCCCUGUGACCGCAGAGCCCGUUCUGGGCUCCCGCCCGCCGCUGACACAAAGAUCCCACGCGCUCCCAGGGCGGAGCUGGGCGCUGGGGUUGGGGGCACCGCGAGCCCCACGCGCUGGCUCCCGGCCGGGCUGGGCAGGCGCUCGGGGGUGCUCAGCGGCCUCUCUGCAGGGGCACCUUGAGCAUUGGCACCGCUAGAAAAUAAAUUUAAUGCCGAGG